CUCGCCUCAUCCUCUCGCCCACCUCCAUAACUUUGCAUGGCCUAUUACAUGUCGUCCCUAUCCCUCCCUAAAGCCAUCUUCUUCUUCCUCCUUCAGUCACCCGGCCUGUCGUGUCGAUCUCACUCUCAGGGUCCGGUCCGGUGCAUCAUAUAUACCCUUGGUCGAUCGAUCGACCAGAUAGAUACACUAGAUAGCUAGGAUUGCAUUGUGUUCCACCAAAAGCCAGCCACAACACAUCGACAUGAUGCAGGACUUGUUCUCGGUCCCUUCGUGUUUCUCGGCGGGCGAGAAGCUUCCGGACGUCCCGGCGUCCGCUGCGGCCACCACCAGGUCCGGGCAGAGCGCGGCGACGCUGGUCUACCGCGCGGGAAUCGCCGGCCACGACCGCCUGGUGACGGUGACGUGGUGCAGGAACCUGCUCACCCACGGGCUGACCGUGUCGAUCGAAGGGUCGGCGGGCGGCGGCAAGGACAAGAGCGGCGGCGGCAGGGAGUGGGGCGACGCCGACGGUGGCGCGGCCUCGUCCUCCAACAAGGGCUGCAGCACCGCCUGCAAGGUGGAGAUGCAGCCGUGGCACUUUUGGCGCAAGUACGGCGCCAAGCAGUUCCACGUCGACGGCAGGGCCGUGGACGUGGUCUGGGACCUCAGGAGCGCGAGGUACUCCGACGAGCCCGAGCCGCUGUCCGACUACUACGUCGCCGUGGUGUCGGACGAGGAGGUGGUCCUCCUCCUCGGCAACCUCAAGAAGGAGGCGUUCCGGCGCACCGGGUCCCGGCCGUCGCUGCGGGACGCCGCACUGGUGUGCAAGAAGGAGCACGUCUUUAGCAAGAAGCGGUUCCUCACCAAGGCCAGGUUCCACGACAGGGGCAAGCUGCACGACAUCAGCAUCGAGUGCAGCAGCAGCAACCUCGGCGGCGGCGGCGUCGACGUCGACAUGGUCAUCAAGAUCGACGGCUACGUCAACGUCCUCGUCAGGCACCUGCAGUGGAAGUUCAGGGGCAACGAGUGCAUCUCCAUCAACCAGCUCAAGGUGCAGGUGUACUGGGACGCGCACGACUGGAUCUUUGGCACGGGGGUGAGGAACGCGCUGUUCAUCUUCAAGCCCGAGCCGCUGCCGUCCGCCACCAAUGAGUACUCUGAUUUCUGCCUGUUUCUGUACGCAUGGAAGCUUGAGUGAGCUAGGAUUCCUGUUCCUGCAUUAUACUGGACACCUCACCAUAUAUGUUAUGAACCAAUAAUUCAUACGUAUCAUGUAACUGAUGGAUUAUUGGGCGAUGGAAGUGUAUGCGAAAUGAAUGAUUGGGGCCGUUUUCCCUUUCC